CAAUAGGCUAUCGCCUACGAAAAAUGAAAAAAUCAAAAAAAAUGAAAAAACUGUGAUUCUCAAAUUUGAUUACUAGUCAUCCGAAGAGAAAUAUAUUGUCCCUCACUAAUUGAGACAGGCAUCUGCAACUGAGAUAUUAUCCUGGUUUUCUAGGUGUUUUCUUUUUCCCUUUUAUGCAUGGAAUGAAAUCUACACUCAAAAAAGGAAACUAAACUUGAAUAAUACAAUUAUUUUUAAUCCCAUGAUUUUCUUAAAAAACUAAAAGAAAAGGAGAAAUGGAGAUCACCAACAGCUUCCGAAGAACUUCUUCGGCAUGGAGGAGCAGUCGGCUGGAGAUGUUUUCUCAGUCGUCGCGAGACGAAGACGACGAAGAAGCUCUGAAAUGGGCAGCGCUGGAGAAACUCCCGACGUUCGACCGUUUGAGGAAAGGAAUCUUGGUGGGAUCGCAGGGCGCAUCCAACGAGGUCGACGUAGCUGACAUCGGCUUCCAGGAGAGGGCGAAGCUCAUCGACAGGCUUGUUAAAGUUGUGGAGGAAGACAAUGAGAAGUUCUUGAUGAAGUUCAAGAACAGAGUAGACAGAGUGGGGAUUGAUCUGCCAACAAUUGAAGUUAGAUUCGAGAAUAUUAAGAUAGAAGCAGAAGCUUAUGUCGGCAGCAGAGCUCUGCCUACUUUCCUCAACUUCUUCAUCAAUAUUGGAGAGGACUUGUUGAACUAUCUUCACAUUCUUCCCAGCAAAAAGAGGUCCUUGACCAUCCUGGACAACAUCAGUGGAGUCUUGAAGCCUAGCCGUAUGACGCUUCUUUUAGGCCCUCCGAGUUCUGGAAAGACGACGCUGUUGUUGGCUUUGGCUGGGAUGCUUGAUCCUUCUUUAAAGUAUUCAGGAAGAGUGACAUAUAAUGGGCAUGGGAUGAAAGAAUUUGUGCCUCAAAGAACUGCAGCAUAUAUAAGUCAGAAUGAUGUCCACAUGGGAGAAAUGACAGUGAGGGAGACAUUAGCAUUCUCUGCAAGAUGUCAAGGAGUAGGAAGCAGUCAUGAAAUGCUGGCGGAAUUGUCAAGAAGAGAGAAGGAGGCCAAUAUUAAGCCUGAUCCGGAUUUGGAUUUUUACAUGAAAGCAGCAGCUACAGAGGGCCAAGAAGCAAGUAUUGUCACAGAUUAUAUUAUUAAGAUAUUGGGAUUAGAUGUUUGUGCUGAUACUCUUGUAGGAGAUGCCAUGAUCAGGGGAAUUUCUGGUGGGCAAAAAAAACGUGUUACAACAGGGGAGAUGCUGGUGGGACCGGCAAAGGCGCUAUUCAUGGACGAGAUAUCGACGGGGUUGGACAGCUCGACGACUUAUCAAGUGGUGAAUUCAAUCAGACAAUCCAUCCAUAUUCUGAAAGGGACAAUCUUGAUGUCACUCCUGCAGCCUGAACCCGAAACCUACGAUCUUUUCGACGACAUCAUUCUCAUAUCCGAAGGUCAUCUUGUCUACCAAGGCCCCCGUCCCCACGUUCUCGAAUUCUUUGAAUCCAUGGGCUUCAAAUGUCCCGACCGCAAAGGAGUCGCCGAUUUCUUGCAAGAAGUGACGUCAAAGAAAGACCAGCAACAGUACUGGGCAGAUAAUGAGAAGCCGUACAGAUACGUCACGGUGAGAGAGUUCGCGGAGGCAUUCAAAUCAUUUCACGUGGGUUUGCAGUUGGCAUCGGAUCUCGCCACCCCUUACGACAAGAGCAAGAGCCACCCAGCAGCGCUCACAACCAAAAACUACGGCGUCAGUAAGAGGGAGCUGCUUAAAGCCUGCGCCUCGCGGGAGACUCUCUUGAUGAAGAGGAACUCUUUUCUCUACAUAUUUAAGCUCCUCCAACUUAGCACAAUGGCUGUGAUCGCGAUGACAUUGUACAUUCGUCCCAGAAUGGACAAAGACAACACAACGGAUGGGAGAAUAUUUGCGGGGUCUUUGUUCUACGCCAUCACCACCGUCACGUUUAACGGAAUGGCUGAGCUCGCCUUGACCAUCCAGAAGCUUCCCGUCUUCUACAAGCAGCGGAAUUUCCACUUCUUUCCAGCGUGGACAUAUUCGCUUCCGUUGUGGCUAGUUAGUGUCCCUGUCAGCGUUUUUGAAGUCCUUGCAUUUACUGUCCUCACUUACUAUGAAAUCGGAUAUGAUCCCAACGUCGGAAGAUUUGUGAAGUAUUAUCUGGUGCUAUUGGCCCAAAUGCAAGCUGCAUCGUCGAUGUUCAAGGUGAUCGGGGCAGUUGGGAGGAACAUGAUCAUCGCCAACACGUUCGGCUUCUUCGUGCUGCUCCUGAUGUUCGCCCUCAGCGGCUUUGUCCUUGCACGGAAGAGUGUGAAGAAGUGGUGGCUGUGGGGAUACUAUUCAUCGCCUAUGAUGUACGGAGACAAUGCGAUCAUUGUGAACGAGUUCAGAGGCCACAGUUGGAAACAUGAUUCUCCUGAGGCGAAUACAACACGUUCUUUGGGAGUCGAGGUUAUAGAGACCAUCGGCUACUUCCCGGGCUCGUACUGGUAUUGGAUUGGAUUAGGUUCAUUGAUAGGGAUGAUACUAUUGUUCAAUGUCUUGUCCACUCUUGCUCUCACCUAUCUCAACGCUUUGGGAAAACAUCAAGCUAUGAUAAGUGAAGAUGAUAAUGAGGCAUCAACUGAGAGAGAGGAUAAUAUAAGGCAGAGAAAUGUGGUUCUUCCCUUCGAACCACACUCCAUAGCAUUUGAUAAUGUCAAGUACUCUGUAGACAUGCCACAGGAAAUGAAGAGGCAAGGGGUAAGUGAGGAUAGACUGGUGCUCCUGCAGGAGGUAAGUGGAGCUUUCAGGCCAGGCGUCCUGACUGCUCUAAUGGGCGUUAGUGGCGCCGGGAAAACUACGCUUAUGGACGUGUUGGCAGGCCGGAAAACAGGUGGCUAUAUUGAGGGAAACAUCACCAUCUCCGGCUAUCCCAAACGGCAAGAGACAUUUGCUCGGAUUUCUGGAUACUGCGAGCAGACAGACAUCCAUUCCCCUUGUGUCACGGUCUACGAGUCCCUGCUAUUCUCGGCUUGGCUGCGUUUGCCCCAAGACGUGGAUACCGUGACAAGAAAGGCUUUUGUGGAGAACGUGAUGGAAUUGGUUGAGCUUACUACUUUGAGGGACGGGCUGGUGGGGUUGCCCGGUGUGAGUGGUCUAUCGACAGAGCAGCGAAAGAGGUUGACCAUAGCCGUGGAGUUGGUGGCGAAUCCUUCAAUCAUAUUCAUGGAUGAGCCCACUUCCGGGUUGGAUGCGAGGGCUGCUCAGAUUGUGAUGAGGACGGUUAGGAACACGGUCGACACGGGCAGGACUGUGGUUUGCACAAUUCAUCAACCCAGCAUUGACAUCUUUGAAGCUUUUGAUGAGUUGUUCUUGAUGAAGAGAGGUGGGCAAGAGAUAUAUGUGGGACCUAUUGGUAGACAAUCCUCCCAGUUGAUCCAGUAUUUUGAGGCAAUUCAAGGAGUGACGAAAAUCAGGGCUGGCUACAAUCCGGCGGCGUGGAUGCUUGAGGUGUCAUCUUCAGCUCAAGAAAUGACGUUGGGCGUCGAUUUCGCUGAGCUUUACAAAAAUUCUGAACUUUAUAGGAGAAACAAAGCUUUGAUAAGUGAGCUGAGCACGCCCCGUCCGGGUACAGACGACCUUCACUUUAUAACGCAGUUUGCUCAGCCAUUCUGGACACAGUGUGUGGCCUGCCUCUGGAAGCAACACUGGUCCUACUGGCGGAACCCUCUCUACUCCGCCGUCAGGAUCAUCUACACCGCCUUCCUCGCCAUCAUCUUCGGAUCCAUGUUCUGGGAUCUUGGCGGAAAAAUGGAUACUACACUGCACAUUUUCAACGCCAUGGGCUCUAUGUAUGCUGCCGUUUUCUUCCUGGGAGUCCAACUAGCGUCGUCCGUGCAACCGGUGGUGGCAGUAGAGCGAACAGUCUUCUAUCGCGAAAGGGCCGCGGGGCUGUACUCCGCUCUCCCCUAUGCAUUCGGACAGGCUGUCAUAGAAAUACCAUACUGUUUCAUCCAGGCGAUUGUGUAUGGAACCAUAGUGUAUGCGAUGAUCGGGUUUGAUUGGACAACUAAGAAGUACUUUUGGUAUAUAUACUUCAUGUUCUUUACGCUCAUCUACUUCACCUACUACGGCAUGAUGGCGGUGGCACUCACGCCUAACGAGAACAUUGCCAACAUCGUCUCUUACUCAUUCUACGCGCUUUGGAACCUCUUCUCUGGGUUCAUCAUCCCAAGACCCAGAACACCAGGGUGGUGGAGAUGGUACCACUGGGCGAACCCUGUGGCUUGGACAUUGUACGGUCUAAUCGUGUCGCAGUAUGGCGAUGAGACAGAUGUGUUGGAGGAUGCAAAUGUAACGGUCCGACGUUUCCUAAGGAGUUACUUUGGGUUCAGACACGAGUUUAUCGGUGCCGUGGCUGCGAUGGUUGCUGGAUUUGGAAUUGUUUUUGGUGUGAUAUUUGCGUUUGCUAUAAAAGCGUUUAAUUUCCAGAAAAGGUAGCUAGUUAAUUUGACUCUUGUAUGCCGUUAAUAUAUACAUACUAUGUGUAUAUCGAACUACAUAUCAUUAGUAUUUUAGUAUACAGAAAAUUCCACAAGGGUUAGAAUUCAAGUUCUAUGUAGAUUAAGGAUUUCAAGAAUUAAAUGUAUCAUCGACUAGUUAAAUCAAAUGAAGAUAUUUUAUGUAGAA